AUGAGUGAAGAGUUUCAAAACAAUUAUAGAGAUAGUGGGUAUGAAAAGUCAUUCAAUGAUCUUAUGCACUAUGAUAGGGAUCACCAUUAUGCUGCUAAUAGGUGCUUAUCAAAUCAAACGCCAACACAUUAUGCCGAUGAUGAUAGGCAUUUACGACAUCGAACGCUGACACACUAUUCCAGUAAGAGGCACUUAACUAGUCAAAGGCCGAAACACUAUGCUGAGAAGAGGCACGUACGGCAUAAAACGCCGGAAGACUAUGCUGAUAAAAAGUGUUUGCCACAUCAAACACCAGAGGAUUUUGCUGAUAGAAGCCACUCGCCAUAUCAAAUGCCAGAAGACUAUGCUGCUAACAUGGGCUUGCCUUAUAAAACACCAGAUCGAUAUGCUGAUAAGAGGCACUUACUACAUCGAACGCUGUCACGUGCUGAUAAGAGACACUUGCCACAUCAAACCCAAGGAGACUUUGUUGAUAAAAAAUGCUUGCAACAUCAAGUGAUAGAAGACUUUGCUGAUAAAAGGCACUUACCACAUCAAAAGCCCGAAUACUAUGCUGCUAACAAGUGCUUAUCGCAUAAGACGCCAGAUCACUAUGCUGAUAAGAGGAACUUACCACAACCAAUGUGGGAACCAUGUGCUGAUAAGAGGUAUCCGCCACGUCAAACAUCGAAACACUAUGCUGAUAAGAGGCACUUACCUCAUCAAACGCUGGAAGACUAUGCCGAUAAAAAGUGCUUACCACAACGAACGCCGGAACACUAUGCUGAUAAGAGGCACUUACCACAUCAAGAGCCCAAAGAUUGUGCUGAUAAGAAGGGCUUGCGACAUCCAAUGCCAAAACACUAUGCUGAUAAGAGGAACUUACCACAACAAACACCCGAAGUCUAUGCUUAUAAGAAGUACUUACCACAUCAAAUGCAGGAGCCAAAUAUUCGUACUCCAGCCUCAGUACGAAGUUUACAAUCAGGUGCUGUAUAUUGUAAAAUUUGUGAUGUUAAGUUUGGCCGCACGAAUUUCCAAGUACAUAAUAAUGGAAGGAGACAUCAAAUGUUAUUAGCACUACGUGAACUAUCAAUGAAGCAGAAAACUUCAAAUGGACAAGGGGGUAGACAAACUCCAAAUUCUUCUCAAGUGAAUCCAAUAGUUCAACCUAAGGAAGUUUCAAAAUUUAAGAAAAUUAGACACUCGGUAAAAAGUGUGAGUUGUGAAGCUCCUAGUAUUAGGCACAAAGAAGUUCCAGCUGAAGGUUCUAAAAGGAAAUUCGUGGAUGAUUCUGGUGCAAAGGAUUGCGGUUUGAAGGGAGAGAAUGUGAGUCAUGAAGCUCGUAGUUUCAAGCAGAAGAAAGUUCCAGCUGAAAGUUCUAAAAGGAUACUCAAGGAUAACACUGAUACAAAAGAUCAUGGUUUCAAGCACGAGAUAGGAGGAGCAACAGGAGGUAAGUACAUGAAGAUGAAUAAUGGGAUAAGAAGGCCCAUGAAAUCAUCAAAACCUGAGGUCAAUGCUCUGUCAAAUUCUGUCAAAUCUCAAGUAUCUGAAAUAACACCCCCAUCAGGGCGUUUGGCUUCACCUAAAAUUGCACCGGUCCUUGUAAAAGGAUCUAGUUUUAAGGUACAGCCUCAACAUGUCUCAGGUUCACUAACUCAAAAAUCCAAAGGCAAAGAACAUCACAAGGUUCAAAUUACUACCAUGGAAAAGAAUGACCAGUCACAUUCAACCCCGGUAGAAUUGAAUGCCUCAGCAGUGGGAUCAAGUUUUGAACCUCCAAUUCAAAUUGAUUCCCAGUUGGAAAUCAAAGGCAAUGAACAUCACGAGGUUCAAAUGUCAGAAAGCAAAGUUCAGAAUGAGAUUCAAAAUCAUAUUGUUCAUCCAAAUGAUCAGCAACCUUCAAUCUCAAUAGAGUUGCAAGAUCCUGGUUCUAUGACUAACAACCAUACAGAAGUUGUGAAUUCUGAUUCUGCAGCAAAUGAAAUAGUCUUAGAACCUCUUGCAUCUGCACCACCAGAUGCAUCCAUGUCAAACUUUGAACCCCAAACUGAACAUGAUCUACAUACUGAAAUAGAACCUCAAGUAUUGGAUGCUGUAGCAUAUCAUCAGAGCCAACAUCCUUCAGAGAUCAGUGGUGAAACUGAAACUGCAGAUGAAAAUUCUCAAGCGGAAGUGGAAAUGGAAAUAAUUCAGUUGCCUCAGGUAUCUGUUUGUCUUAAGUGUGGCAAUAAAGGCUUUGAAGAGACGUUGGUAUAUUGCAACAGAUGUGAAUAUUAUGCACUGCAUAGGUAUUGUUUAGAUGGUCCUGUGGUUUUUACAGAUGAGGUUAUUUGGUUUUGUGAGGAUUGUGAAGCAGAGGUAGUAGACGAAGAUUAUCCUGAUAGUGAGAUCUUGGAUUCAGAAAAUGGUGAAGUUGAUUCCAUCGAGGAUUGUGAUCUAGGCACUACAAAUUCCGAGAAAGGUGGUGAAGUUGAUUCCAACGAGGGCUAUGAUCAAGACACUACAAAUUGUGAAGUUGAUUCCCGAUAUGGAUGUUCUAUUUCAGUUGAUCCACUGCCUAUUACUGAUCCAGUAUGGAGGGGAAGUUUGCAGCUUAUCAACAGAAGCUUUGAAUUAAUGAGCCAUUUGUCUACUUUAGCAUGUCCUAAAGUUCUUGAAGAGACGGGACAUCUCCCUAAUGUGUUUCAUGCAGAUUUGCUUCAAAGAUCAGCUGUGUGGCCACAGAGUUUCAGGAAAUAUGGAACAAAUAAUCAGAGCAUUGGUCUUUAUUUCUUUCCUGAGAAUGAAAGAGUUGAGAGAUAUUUUGACCAGUUAGUUUAUGAAAUGAUUUCCAAUGAUCUUGCCAUAAGAGCUACAGUUGAAGAAGCUGAGCUUUUGAUUUUUUCUUCUACAAUGCUUCCAAGCCAAUAUAGAAGAUUUCAAUCAAAGUAUUACUUGUGGGGAAUGUUUAGAAGAAAACAAACAUUAUCCUAA